UGAGUAUUAUAUUAUCGCUGAGCAACCAGACACCAUAAUCAAAAUCCAUACACUGGACGAGGUACAAAACGUCUCGUUGACCGAAACUAGCAUGGUGUUAAGGCUAACGGGGUCGGACCUUAGAAAAACCACCAUAAAAGUCCAAUCCGACACUCCAUUCAUGGCAUACUGUAUCAUCGGACCUACAGAAAGCUACACCAGAAUGGCACUGUAUAUUUACAACUUAUACAUUAUAUUAGUACCAAAAAACAGUGACGUCAGACAUUUCUUGCUUCUAACGUCAAAUAUGUUGGGUCAAAUCCAGAUCGAAGAUGAAAUCAUCCCAGAGAGCGAUUGGUUGGAAAGAAAUCCGCUCGGCCCACACCAUGAAACAGGAUUAGUAGACGUUUCGAACAUGUCUGAUACCAUGUAUGUUCGUGCUGGCGCUGACUCAAUGUUAUUCAUCUGCUUCGUCCUAGGCCUAGCCCACCCGCCUCAAGGGUUCUACAUUUUCCCAGCUGACACGACGAAAAUCAAACUAGAGAUGGAUCUAGAAGAAUUAUUGAAGACAAAACAAACGGCGGCCUCGGAAGUUUUAUUUGAAGCAUCCGAUUACCAGUUCGAAUGCCCGUCUGGCUUCUACGGCCCCGAAUGCAUGACAACAUGUAAUUGUGGCGAUGAGUUUUGCAACAGAGAUGGGUCCUGCUACUCUGCUAGCUGUAGACGGGGAAGCUUUGGCCCCCGAUGCCUGCUUGAAGACAUCUCAGUAUACGCGCUAAACUCUACACCCCAUGAAUUGUUUGAUGGGGAUCCUGCGACCUGCGUCACUCCGAGUGAUAAUCGGAUCGACGUGGAGUUGUUUGAUGUGUUCCACACGUCAUCGGUGACUGUGGUUCUUAAAACAUCAGAGUCCGUACCUGUAAGCUCAUUUGAGGUGCUACUGGAGAAUAAAACAGAUUCGUACCAAGCUAUUUUAAAAACAACCAUAGACACUGAUACUGCUGUGGACCUUGUUUUCGCGGAUUUAAAAGCAUUCAAGAAAAUGACUGUCUCGUUGAAACAGCAACUCCAAAUCUGUUCGUUUCACAUUUCUGGAGGUAUUAAUUUUCUGCGAAAAAUAGACCCCAAUUUUGCAGUUGUGUCUUUCCCUAUGGAAGAUAUAACAGUAAACGAGGAGUAUUUAAAGGCGGUGACUGACGGGGAUCGAUAUAAAACAUGCAUAGGUGCCACUGGCAGCACUAGGUUUGGAUUGCAAACAAAAGACAUGAUUCCAAAACUGUUCUACAAAGUUGCUAUCUAUACAGAUAACGAAACAGCAUUCGAACUGAUAUACAAAACAGAGACUAAUUUCGAUUACAAGGUUAAUCUGGUGGUAAAACCGAAACGAGCGGGCAUCAUUCAACUCAACCGACUUGUUAUAUUCCUAACCCUCCAAACAAAAUCCACUCAAUUUUCAAUUUGCGAAAUUGAGAUUUAUACAGAUAUCGCAGCAUUUGAUUCUGAACUCAGCAAAAGCGACACGUCUAAAGAUGAGAUAUCAGAUUCGCCGUUUCUGUACAUCGGGGUGGCAGUCUUCUUCGUUGUAUUGGUUGUCGCUUUCGUGUGUUACAGGAAGCGAUCGACUAGACGAGAUUAUGUCGACGAAUAAGAUCCUAACGUUCAUAUUGGGCUAGACACUUCAAGUUCACUUUUCAUUUCACCACCAACAUCCGCCAUACUCGUCUUCAUCCAAUAUUGAGUUUUGUUUUACUGCACCUAAAGUAGCAUUAAUUCUGUUCAUCAUGCUAUUAACGCGUUGUGCAAUAUGCGACCCUGUGUAUUCAAUGCUAACUUUAUGCAGCUUUAAAUUGGGUAGAAUAAUUUACUGAAUAAAAUGCCGUUACAUGUGUUAUUAUUAAAAAAAUGAUUUGUUUUUGCACUUGAAAUAAUUUUGAAGUCAGCGUCUUCUAUUUUAAUUUUGGUUUAUAGAGAGCUUAUUUCGCAUAAAAACAAUUUUGAAGCGUUAACAAUAUCUCGAUCAGCUUCUGCAGAAGGUAUUUGAUGUUACCAAAGUUAUAGACGCAAAAACUGAACAGAUGGUGAUAGAAUAUACGCUCUAUAGUCCCCCAUGUUAAUUUUUUAAAAUAAGCUGACUUAAUAAAAUAUAUUAACACGAAUUUUUGCACUAAAACUUUUCGUUGUUAAAGUAUGCCUAUAGAAGUAUUGCUUUUCAUCAUGAUAACAUUAUAGUAAUAAUAUAGCAGUUGAUGAUACACCAUUUGAAGCGCAUUUUGUAAAUUCAUUUGUCGUACCUUGUCUUUUCUAAGAUUUUCUAAUAAUUUGACAUAAAUAAAAGUACCUUUUAGAAAAA